AUGGGGAAUUGUUACGAUUCAAGAAAGAAUACAGUAGUCUUAGCAUUUGAUUAAGCUGAAUAUACUCAAUUGGAUCAACAAUUCCAAUAUUACUGUGAAUUAAGUAGUGAGUAACGACAAUAAUAUUAUUAGAACUCGUGAUACUAAAUAACUCAAUUAACGCUCCUUUGAAGGCAUCUUCUCAGAAAAUCCUGCCUUCGGAAUUAAGUUAUUUAAGUUCCUUGAAUUGUACAGUGGAAGUGAAGGUUUUGUGAGGAAAGAACCCUUGUUUGAAUUCUGUAAUAUUAAUAUUGCCUACAAUAUAUAGUGGAGCUGUUAGUGAAGGAUGUUCAAACUUCGGUUCCAGCCUUCAAGAACCUAGAAAGAUUUGAAUUGAUGUCCUUGAUCACUUUGCAGAACUAUAGAUAUGUAAAAUCCAAAGAAGAAUUGGCCCAAUUGCAAUUAACUUAUCUUGAUACUCUCAGUGUCAUCAAAGUAUUCCUAUUCCACCUCAUCCUUUUAGGAUAUUAUUAAAAUGUUUCAACAUACUCAAAAGAAUGCACCAACUAAUGAGAAAUAUAUUAAAUCAUUAGUAGAUUAACUAUAUAGUAUUUUGAUUAUUCUAAUCUAGAAAAUGAAUCUGGCUCCUUGUCUUGGGUUUAAUUGAUGGACUUCAUCUCAAAGUAGAUGCCAGGAACUAAAUAUCUUAUCAAAAAGUAUUUUUAGGCAAAAUUUAUGGGAAAACAAUUUAAUGUAAUUAAAUUAUUUAUAGUCUCCUUCAGAAUACUAUUCCAGUUGUCAAUACUCCAUCAUAUUUUGUAACUGAUGAAUUGUUCUUCCAAUUAUUGUUGAGUACCUAAUCUGUGCUGACUGAUUGCAAUUAGUUGACCUUGUUGUAUUCAAGUGUUGCACAUCAAGGUGGGUUUAAUCAAAUGGUUCAGUCACUCAAAGGUAUUUUGAAUACUCAAAACAAUUAGAUUGUAAAUUACCUACUAUUAUGUUUUUUCAACAUGAAGAAAAAUAUGAAUAGAAGACCAAAUAAUAGAUAUUUGGAGCUCUCACAAAUCUUAGGUGGUAUGACACCAAAUAGUACUUUGGAACCAAGAAGGAUUGCAUUUUCAGUCUCUAUCCUUAUUUUAAGAUUUAUAGAUCCAAAAGAAGAGGAGAAUAAAACUACUGUUUUCUUGAUUCCAAUAAGGGAAUUGGUUUUGGGGGAAAGAAUGGAGAGGGAUACAGAAUCUGGAUUGAUAAAGACUUAUAGAAUUCCUAUUGCACUCAAACAGAUGAUUCAUAUGAAAACGGACCUCUCAUUCUACCUUAUGUGAAGAAACUGUAAAUAAACAUCAUUGAAAUCUGGGCCAUUCAACACCCUACUGAUGAAAAUGAAGAAAAUUUUGACAUAAAAAUAGAUUUGAAAGAUCCCCUCUUGUAACAAUCAGAUGAGGUCUAGUUUCCAAAUUCUAAUGCUGAUUUCUAUUGGGUCCAACAACAGAAAAAAGAGCAAAGUAAUUCAGGAUAUUAUUGGGAAAAUAGUAAUGUAAGUUGAUAUAUUAUAUAUAUAUUUAUAAUAAAUUGCCGCAUAAAUUAUUUGAAUUUAAAAAGUUUUAUGAACGAGCUAAGUGAAUAUCCCAAUAUUUAAGUAUGAUGAACUUAUAUGAUAGUUUGAUAAUAGUCUUUACAAUUCACUCAAAACUAAGGAUAGCAGACUGAUACUCAGAUAAAUGAGAUCAGCUAUUGAAGAAUUUAAUUAAAGUAAGCAUUUUGAUAGUGAAACUUUCACCAUCCUUUAUUACGGUGUGCAAUAGGUAUAUUUUUAGUCUAGGAGAUAGAUCCAAAAGGACGAUAUCUUAGAGUUUCUAGAGAAGGAAGUUCUAAAGAGACAGGAUGCCUUGGAGUUUGAGAUUUUACAGAUGAAAUUUUUAUAGGCAACUCUGGAUGAUUAAAAUAAAAACAGGAAGGAGAAUUUGUAUUAAUUAUAGAAGGAAACAUUAACAUCAUUUGGACAAUAUGAUAAACAUGGUUAGAUGGGCAUAGAAACAAUAUUAUAAUUUUAUAAAACAAAAAUAAGGGAGAACGAUGUUAAACAAUGUUUACAAAAUUAAGCUAGGAAAAUUAUUAGAAAAGAAAAUCUUCAUAAUUACAUUAAAAAUAGGUUGAUUCAAAUUGUAUUUAAUUCAGAAGAUUGUGAUCAACAAAUUUCAGAUUUACUAAUAUAUUGUGAAAACACUGCAUUUGUUACCCAAUUCAUUACCAUUUUAGCCCAACACAGUUUGGAAAUUUUAUAAAAUGAAAGCAAUUCUCUAAAACAAGUAUCUAAAGUUUUUGAAAGAGUAAGUGCUCAAUUGCCAAAUUUGUUUAAUUAAAAUUUGCCUGUUUUCUUGCAAUUUUACGAUAGCGAAGUAAACUAUUAAUAUCUAUUAUUAUUAGUGCUACUGUCUUAGAAAUGCCAUUAAUACAAUAAUCACAAAUAUUCUAACUGAACAUUUGAAUCCGUCUAAAGUAGAGUAGGAUGUAGAAAUGAAAGAAAACUAAUUAAAUCAAAGAUUAUUCCUUAUUUAGAAAUUGGCCUCAAGAAUCAUAGAUAAAAAUGCGUAUGCUAGAGUUCACACUUUAAAGAUGUUAAGAGUUGUAUGCUCAUAGAAUCUUAUCCCUCCAAACGUAUAACUUAUGAUGUUCCCAUUGGUAAUCGCAAGAGUGUAGGAUGUCUCUUCGAUGGUGAGAAAGGCUGCCUUGGCAUUUGUUAAAUAAAUAACAAAGUACAAUUUCAAAAUAUAUAGAAUUCAAUCAGAUUUAUGAAAAACCUAUUUGUUGAUGGGUUAUAGAUGUAAAAUUUCAUGAAGAUUACUGACAUCAAAGAGUAAAACGAAUAUUUAGGAACUGAAAUUCAUAAGACCUUAAUAGCCAUCGAUUAGAUAUUAGAAGAUAAAGGCAAUGCGCAAACCGAAGCAGAAUUCAAGGAAUUAGAAGAUGAAGAAAAUCUAGUUGUCUCUAAUUUGAGAGAGAAGAAGAAAUUGCAAUCUGUGUUCAUUCAAUAUCAAGAAUUUAUGGAACUCUUACAAAAGUUAUUGCCAAAUAUUGAAUUACUAUUAAAUAGCAAAUGCAUCACUGACAUUUAUAAAGCCAUCUCUCUUAUUAGUUUUUUAUUUAAAUAGAAAAUAGAAAAUACUGAUGUUGGCAUCAUGAAGAUGUUGAUUCACUCUAAUAACCCUUAAAUAGUCAAUAAAUUAGCUAAAAAGUUCCAUAUGCUAUUUAUCGAAAAUGAUAAUGAUUAAGUUCCAAUUAAUAAUUUGAUUCAUUUAUUAAAAAUUUCAUCGCCAAAAGAACAAAUUUACCUUGAAGAACUUAUUCGAUAUAUGAUCAAAUAGAAAAUGAUACAAGAAUCUACGAUUGAAAUCGUAUGGACUAACUUUAUGAGAAACUAUACUACUAAUCAACACGAAUAAUUAAAUUAGUAUUCUAAACUUGUAAGAGUUAUGUUUGGGUAGCAAUCUAAUCUUUUAACCAGAAUGAAAUUAGAUCAAAUAAGUAAAAUCAUUGAUGGAUAGAAAAAAGAAAUUAAUUGGAUCACUGUUAUAGAACUGGCGAAAUUAAUUUAUUAUUUAGAAGACAAAGUACUUGUUAAGAAAUAUUUCUAAUAAUUUUCCUUAAUUUUAUAUUUCUAUUUUGGAACACCAAACAAUUUGUGGUUUGUUGCUUGCUAAGAGAUUCUAAAUUUGAUUUAAUUUUUACCUGUUCCAGAGAGUAUUUAUGAUUACAUAAUUAAAAAGUUCAGUUUCAAAGUCUUUUCUAUGGGAAUGACUCCUAAAAGAAGGUAAAUCUAGAUUAUUAAUCUAUUUAGCACUCAAGAUUUUCUCGAAGAGGAAUCCACUUUAGUAUUUAAUAAUUAAUGUAUACAACUCAGCCAAUUAUUAUUUAUUGUGGGUUAGUCAGCUCUGGCAAUCAUUCUUCAUAUUGAUGAAAUUGAGAAUCAAUUAAGUCAUUUAAGAAAUGUAGAGGAAGCCAAAGAAAAUGAAUUGGACAAAAUAUAAGGGGGUUGCGAAGAAGAAUACGAAUAUAAUUGCGUAUAUUUAUAGACUUUAUGCAAAUAAAGUAUGUUUAUUAAAAAUAUCAAUAGGCGUGAUUUAAAGAGGAUUCUACUAAAAUUAUGCUCCAAUAGUCUUGGAGAUAUUAGCUGAAAUCGAAGAAGAGAAUGUAUAGUUGACAAUAUUGCAUAAAUCUGCAGGUUUAUGCUUGUGUAAAUUUAUGUGUUUAUCUGAAUAAUUUUGCGAAGACCAUAUAGAGAAAGUGUUUCGAUUAAUUUAAAAUCCAAACUCAGAUGGAAUAUUUAAGAACAAUUUAAUAGUUGCUAUUGGUGAUCUAUUGCACAGAUGGCCAAAUACAGUAACAUCUUAUUGUAGAUAACUUUUUGAUGGAUUAAGCAAUUAGGAUUUUAUUGUAAAAAAGACUUCAUUAAAUAUGCUAUCCCAUUUGAUAUUAAAUGAUAUGAUUAAAAUCAAACGUGAAAUCACUGAUAUAGCCAUGUUAUUGACUGACCCUGAUGAAAACAUUUAAUAAUCAGCUAAAAGAUUCUUCUUCCAAUUAUAGAAGAAGGAUUCAAGAAGAAUACUCAACAGUUUACCUGAUAUCAUAUUUACUAUGUCAAACGAAGAGAGUCAUGAUAAAUAUAAAACGUUUCUCAUGAACACUUUGAAAUACUUAGAUAAAUAGACUGAAUAAUUGGUUGAGAAAUUGUUGAGAAGACUAAAGGAAAAUAUCAAUGAUUUUGAAGUUUAAAACAUUGUUUUCACCUUGUCCAAACUCUAAAUGAAGGAAUCCUUAGCAAGAAAGUUUUAUGAAUGUUAUCCCUAUUAUUAAGAAAGAUUAGAAAAUCCAUAGAUCAAAGAGUAUUUCUAAGUUAUAAUCUAAAAAGUAUAUUUUUAUUUUAUGAUUAGUUAAUGAAAUGUGGGUUAAAUUAAGAAAACAAAUAAAUAUUAUAGGAAUUCGAGGAGUUGCUUAAUCGAGGUGAGACCAAACGUAGAGUAUUAGGAUCCAAGAAUAAAUCAUAAAAAUCAACUAGGUCUCAUACAAAUUCACAAAGAUCAAUUGGAUAUACUAAUAUCUUAGAUUAGUUAUAUACUUAAUCUACUGAAUUUUGA